AUGAACUGCGUUUCGUACCUCGGAGAAGAAAUGCAUGACGAAGUACCCUCCUCCAGCCUAUCAAGAGUGUUGGACCUUGUUUUGCUAGAUGCUGAGAGGCAGACCGAGGUAGAUAUGGGGAAAUGGAAAGGAACUACCAAUGCCGUUCGGACCCGGGAGAUAGAACUGAAGAAAGACCUGCCAGACAGGAGACGAAGGAAGGCAUUUUGCGUGCCUCAGAUUCCUGUGGCUUCUGGCUUUAGGUUUAGUAAUACUACGGGAUAUCUGUGCCAUGAAACUCAAAGACAACUCGUUCGUUGGAGCCUUACCGAACAUGCACGUCAUCCAAACGAGACUAACCUUGACGCACACUCCGACUGCGUGGGGAUUGACUACGCUUCGACGAUUGAACGGAAAGCUCGCGCCGUGACUUCCUAA